AUGAUGGCUGGCGAAACUAAAAUGAUAAUUAUAACAUCGAACGAAGAUGUAAUUCGGCAAUUUUCUUUAAAUAAACCGAAAAAUACUCAGAUUGUUGAUUUGGAUAACAAUGAGCAAAUUACAUCAAUGAACAAUAAUGCUAGCAAUAUUAUGGAUUUGGCGAUUCUUACAGAAUUAUCUGAACUUAACCCUAAAAACGAUCAAAUAUUUAAGCGAGCACUUGAUUCACCUCAUCACGGCCGAUCAAAACAAGUUAAACUAUCAAAAAAAUCACUUGAUUUGGAUUGUGCUAUUUGUGGUGAUCGUGCCAUUGGUUUUAAUUAUGAUGUUCUUUCUUGUGCUUCAUGUAAAGCAUUUUUUCGUCGAAAUGCUAAUCAACCAUCAGAAAAAAUUCGAUGUCUUACAGGUCAUAGAAAAUGUAUAGUUGCACAUGAUUCACUCCGGAAAUGUCCACGAUGUAGAUUAGAUCGUUGUUUAAAUGCAGGAAUGAGAAAAGAUUUUAUUCGUACUGAAGAAGAGAAACAACGAAGAAAACAACGUCUUGAAGAAAAUCGAACUAUUUCAAUGAAACGUUCAUCUAUAACAGAAUCUACCAAUUCAUCAUUAACAUCACCACCAGCACAUGUUGUACCCAAGUCAGAAUCUCAUACAGAACCAUUGGAUGAAAUUGAUCGUUUAUUGAUGGAUGUGAAUAAAGAUGACAAUAAUAUUUUUCAUGAAAAUGAUGAUUUAAAUGAAAUAGAAGAUAUGUUAUUCGGAACAUUAUCGAUUGAUGAUUGGUUAACAAUUGAAAAUAUUCGAUCAUUAUUUGUAUCAAUUUUUCAAUAUAAUCAGCCAUUUAAUGGUAAUGGUGCAACUGAUCAAACUUCUGCUCUUGUUGUAUGGUCACAUUGGGCCAGUCAGACGGCGUUACAAUUUAUUAAUCUUUUUGGUCAAAUCGAUGAAUUCGAAAAAUUAAAUGAUGAAGAUCGAUUUAUUCUGAUUAAAUUUAAUAUUUUAUCGGUAUUUCCAAUAUUUAAAUGUUAUAUUUAUAAAUCAGUAAAUGGUCUCAAUUCACCCGAAAACAUAGAAUGUCAUGAAAAAUAUCGUAGAUUUUUUGACCCAUGUGGUAUUAGAGUUCAAUUGCACGAAGCAACGCAUAAUAUAAUGCUUUCACUUUUUCCAAUGACUGAACAAGACCCAGUAUUAUUCUCUCUUCUGGUGUUAAUUUUUAUUUUCAGUCAAGGUUUGUCAAUGAAUGAAGAGCAACCACCUUUACAAGAUGAAUUAGCUGUUUAUCGAGCACAAAAUCAUUAUAUAGAGUUACUUUGGAACUAUUUAAUUAAUAAAAAGGGCGAAAUAUAUACUUACAAAUACUUUAAUGAAUUAUUACUUAUAAUCUUUCGAAUGCAGAUAGUAUCCAAAGAAAGUCGAGAGUAUUUUCGUAAGCAAGUUUUCACUUUAAAUGCUGUGGAUAAAAUGGCACCACUUGUACAAACAUUCUUAAAUAUCUCGUAA